AUUUUUUUUUCUUCAUCCAAGUGGUUUUGCGAGACGGAACAGGAAAGACCGAAGAGUGGUGAACUUACAGCAAGUCGUGAGCAAGCACGUCGAAAUGAGCAACCUUCAAUAGUUCGAUUUUUCGCCAUGGGUUCUCUGUUGGUGCCAGAUUUCCUUCACGUCCUGGCCUCGAAAUCGUCCAGUUCCACAGGAGUGGCUCGAAUCGAAGGUUCAUACAAUUUGCAGAAGGGUUCCGAGAGAGAUAUUUCUUUCGAAGAAGUUGACACACGAAGGCAGACUCAAACAACGAGCUUUCCUUCCUCGGCAAAAAAGAAAAAAUCGUCCAUCCGGGGAGCAGCAGCAGGAAGAAAGGAGAAAAACGGGAAAUAA